UCUUCUAAAAGACAUGCAUGUCUCAAAACCUCUGUGCACAUGCGCAUGCGCACUGCAAAUCACCAAUUUGAUAUGCGGAUGUAUGUGGUGAGGCUUAUUAGCUUUGCUUGCUGAUGAAGACACACACAAUGAAGCAGCCCUGGAGCAGCCUACACACAGUAUACUCCUCUGCAGUUGUUGUUUUUUUCCUACUUUUUUAUGGCAACAGUGAUGCUACUCUCAUCGUCAACGCUACCGUGGUAUGUCCUAACGAUACGAUUAUCUUCACCUGUUCCCUGCCGGGUGACAAUGUCACAUGGGAAGUGUAUACACCACCAGGGUUUAAUAUUGCAUUGAGACUAGUCGUGUCAGAAGCUCAACCAACUACGACAUCAGCUGACCUUAGAUUAGAAGGAGCUGUCACUGAUUUCAGUAGAGGAAGGAUUACAGCCACUCUAACGGUGAUAUCUUUCGGACUCGGAUAUGGAACCACAGUAGCAUGUAUUGGACAAGACACACUGUCCAGUGCAGAUAUCCUGACUAUUACCAGGCCUGAUCCACCUUCUGCUCCUGGCAACCUAACGUGGACAGCCGACAUUGUCCCAGCUCUCUACUCCACAAUCACCCUGACUUGGGACCAUACCCCUCAACAGGAUGUUUCUGUCAGUUACAUCAUCACUAUUUCCCCACCCCCUCCAUUUGGGUUACCAUCUACCGUGGAAACCACCUUCGUAGUCAUCAAUGUCUCAUACAACACUCAAUACAACGUGACAGUCAGAGCUGUGAAUUGUGCUGGUUCCAGUGAUGCACUGGCUGUGAUAUCAGUAGACAUUGGAAACUGCACUGUACCUAUUGAACCUACUAAUGGAACUAUAAUAGCUACCUUGGUUGAUGGUACCACAGUGGACUAUGAUAGUUUGAGCAAUACAGUGUUGGAGGGAACUGUGCUGACUUACCAGUGUGGCAAUGGACUCGCACUGUUUGGGUCAGUGAAUAUCACAUGCACGAGUGAUGGAGAAUGGAGCUCUGAUCCUGACCUGGUAGAAUGCUCCAACUGUACUGUACCUGAAUUUGAUGUUGAGCUCACUGGUGCAACUAUAACAGCUACCUUGGUUGAUGGUACCACAGUGGACUAUGAUAGUUUGAACAAUGAAGUGUUGGAGGGAACUGUGCUGACUUACCAAUGUGACAAUGGACUCACACUGUUGUUUGGGUCAGUGAAUAUCACAUGCACGAGUGGUGGAGAAUGGAGCUCUGAUCCUGACAGGAACCGAUGCUAUUAUAUUUAUGGUAGCGCUGGAUUCUCUGUGGUUAGCAUCAUUGUUUUCAUUAUUUUGUUUGUUGUAUUGAGUUGGAUUAUGGUUAGUUUUGGAAUCUACAAACGAAGAAAACGGUUGAGAAAACAACGACUUGCAACUACUGUAUUGAGGCAUGAUCUUGCAGCAUUACCUGCCAACUCUUACGAUCCCUUACGGUUCAAUAGAGGCACAAUGGAGUCUACCCUGAGUUCAGAUCAGUGUCCAUCAGAGUCAGAAACUACACCCCGAUACUAUAGAAUUAGUCGUACAUCUCAAGUGUCCUUUACCGAUAAUCGUCAGUCUUCUAUAUCAGAACCACCUAUUGCUAUCGAUGAUGCAAGAGAAGAACCUACCACUGUGAACAGCACAGAGUUGCCGCCGGAGACGGUACCCCAAUUUCCAACAACUGGUCCUACAGCUCAAGUGUCUGCUACCGAUGGACAUUACUCUUCCAUAUCAGAACCAUCUAUUGCUAUCGAUGAUUCAAGAGAAGAAUCCACCGCAAACAAAACUUCAACUGGCACAGGAACAGCUUCCACUGCUGGGACAAGUGUUGAAGAGGUUUCAAGUGCUAUAGCCAAUGCUUGGUCACUGAUACUUGGUAAUGUGAUGAAACUGCCUGAUCUAUCAGAAUCUCUAAAGAUACCAGGAUCUCAGCUAAAACUGAGCAGUGACCCCAUUGGACAAGGGGAAACUGGAAUGGUAUACAAAGGUUUACUAAUGAACUGGAAAGAUGAGCCAUUGCAAGCUGUGGCCGUGAAGACAUUAAAAGGUUUGUUUUCUUCUUCGGAUAUUCAAUUUCUGAUGAGUGAGAUUAUCAAGAUGAAGGAUUUCAACCACCCUCACGUCAUGCCCCUGAUUGGAGUGUGUUUAGAUGCUGGACCCGGUGUUUCCAUGGUGAUGCCACAUAUGACCAAUGGGAGUGUACUGGAUUAUUUGAAAAAGGAGAGAAGUGGUUUAAAAUUGACUGAUAACUGCAGCAAAGAAAAGGCACAGAGUGUCAGGAAGCUGCUGUUGAGAAUGUGUCAUCAGAUUGCCCUAGGAAUGGAAUAUCUCUCUCAGCAAAGAUUCAUUCAUCGAGACUUGGCAGCACGGAACUGCAUGUUGGACUCUAGUGGUGAUGUCAGAGUUGGUGACUUUGGACUGGCCGAGGACGUCUACAGCACUGGAUAUUUUAGACAGAAUGAACGAGCUGAUAUCAAGCUGCCCUACAAGUGGAUGGCAUUGGAAAGUCUAAACGAUGCCAUCUUCACAGAGAAAACAGAUGUGUGGUCGUAUGGAGUGACUAUGUGGGAGGUUUUCAGUGGCGGUCAGAUUCCUUAUCCUGGAGUAGACGUCAGGACUCUUGUCAAGUUCCUUCAGAGAGGAAACCGAUUGGACGCUCCCGUUAACACUGCCUGUACUGCUGAAAUCUCAGCGGUGAUGCAGAGAUGCUGGCUAGAGGAUUAUGAAGAGAGGCCAUCCUUCACUGACUUGUCUUCAAUAAUGGACGCCAUGCUCUCCUCUGUGUCUGACUACGCUGAACUGAACAUGGAGCUCCCUCAUAAUAGCCAAGACCCCAUAGACAUGAGUGGAUACGACGAUUUAAACGAGUCGCUCAGGAACAGAGCAACUAGGACCAACCCUUACAAGCUCUCAACAAUAGUUUAAUCUUGUGUUUCUAUCGUAGCAGUUGUUAUUGACAUACAUAACUUUACUUGAAUUUGCAAAUGAACUUUAUUAUGUUCACAGCAAUAUGGCAAUCACUGUGUAUACAGAUUAAAAUGUUAUCUGGUCAGUAUAUAA